UGCUGCGCGGCGGCGGGGCCCGUCACUUCCUGGCCCUGCAGCCGGCGGCAGCGAGGCGAGAGCCGGGGCCGGGGGCGGCGGGGCCCGCAGCCUGCCCGGCGCCCGCCACCAACAUGCCCUUUGACUUCAGGAGGUUUGACAUCUACAGGAAGGUGCCAAAAGACCUUACACAGCCAACCUACACAGGGGCUAUUAUCUCUGUCUGCUGCUGUCUCUUCAUACUGUUUCUCUUCCUGUCUGAGCUCACCGGAUUCAUAGCCACUGAAAUUGUUAAUGAGCUCUACGUGGAUGACCCAGACAAAGACAGUGGAGGUAAAAUAGAAGUGAAUCUGAACAUCAGUUUGCCAAACCUGCAUUGUGAAUUAGUUGGACUAGACAUCCAAGAUGAAAUGGGAAGGCAUGAAGUGGGUCAUAUUGACAACUCGAUGAAGAUACCUCUCAAUAAUGGGGAUGGCUGCAGGUUUGAGGGCCAUUUCAGCAUCAACAAGGUCCCUGGUAACUUUCACGUGUCAACGCACAGUGCCACUGCGCAGCCUCAGAAUCCUGACAUGACUCACGUCAUCCACAAGCUCUCAUUUGGGGACAAGUUACAGGUCCAUAACGUUCAUGGAGCAUUCAAUGCCUUGGAGGGAGCAGACAAACUCAGCUCAAAUCCUCUUGCAUCUCACGAUUACAUAUUGAAGAUAGUCCCAACGGUGUACGAAGACAUGAGUGGCAAGCAACGAUACUCGUACCAAUAUACUGUAGCAAAUAAGGAGUACGUAGCCUACAGUCACACUGGCCGCAUUAUCCCAGCUAUCUGGUUUCGUUAUGAUUUGAGCCCCAUCACAGUGAAAUACACAGAGAGGCGACAGCCUUUGUACAGGUUUAUCACAUCGAUAUGUGCCAUCAUUGGAGGAACAUUCACUGUAGCUGGGAUCCUCGACUCCUGCAUUUUCACAGCAUCAGAGGCCUGGAAGAAGAUCCAGCUGGGGAAAAUGCAGUAGCAGUGAAACUCUACCCCAGUCUCCAAGGACAGGAGCAAAAAUUGAGAAAUCUACCACUACCUGUUUUUUGUCUUUAUUUUCUAUUUGAUUGAAUCAGUAAGUUUUUCUCUAAUCAGGCUGUUCAGUGAAGACGUCUUCAACAAAUCAAAGAAAUCUCCAUGCAUUUCAGAGCUCUCAGAGUGAAAAAUCAAUGGAAUCAGGGCAUGGAUUUCAAGUCUCUCCCCCCAGAAAGAGAGGUUGAAAUGCCAUAUAUGAAAUAAGCUGUCAGAUCUAAGUAAGGAUGACAGUCUGUUCUCUGGGAGGUUCCUAUGGCAGUGUACAAACUAGGUAGUAGAUUGCAAAGAGUUGAGCUGUCUUGUGGCACUUUUUGGAAUUCUGUUGGAUUUGCAUGAUUAGACAAUCGACUUUUGUAUAAGGCAAAAUUAUACGUUAGGAAGAAAUUCCACCCGUGGUGCCAAAAAGGUGAUGUAUCUGUUGGUGAGGAAUGGAAAGUGUUAGUCCCCGUAGCAAACUUUAGAGACAGAGGGCAGAAAUAUCAUCAAGAAAUGUUUUGUGCAUUUAUUGAAAGCUCUUUUGUUCAGAUAUGACCUUUCUAAUGAAAUGAGCAAACAAGAAGAGGAAGCCUUCCCCCAGCUACCUUUUCCUGGGUAAUCUGUGAUCCAGGCAGCGGAGGGCCUUUCUUUUACUCUGGAUGUAAAAGUGGUUUCAUUUCUUCCCAGAAACUGAAUAUCCAGUCUUGUGUUUACAGGUGGCAUGAAGUAAAAACCAAACUGAGCAACACAGUUUUAUGUGGCCUUUGCUUUGAAAGGGAAUAGUUGUCUUUACAGCAUUAGUGUUUAUUCUUUCUUAUAUUUUUUAAACACAGACCACCCAAUAGUCUGGAUUCUGCACUUCCACUUUAUUAUUAUUAUUGUUGUUGUUGUUAUUUUGAAAAGAGGUUAUAUAUUCUAUGUGUUCAGAAAAAUGGUGCAGUCUUCUGGGUGGAUGAUGAGCACAGCUUACUGUCUUGCUUUGUGUGUGUAUAUUGAAUACACCUGUCAAACACGGGAAGUCUAUCUUUUCAGGGUUUGGGGUGCCUCCCUUUUCCUUUAAAAUUCAGUCCGGCAUCUUUUCCGAGCCCCAGACUGACGCUGUUCACCCCCAGGUACACCAGUAGCAGGGCAGGCAUUUCCCACAAGCUGGCCCCUGCUAGGAGUUGUUUUGUUUCAUUCCUUAAAAUGGUACCUGAGCUUCCAUGCCCAUUCAUUCAAGCCUUGUCUUCUGGGGCCUCCAAGAAAUGGAGGCGUGAGGGGAGAACUACUGCCAGGUGUGGCUUGCGUGUAAUGGUAGACAUGAGUUCACUGAAAUUAGACCAGUACCCACCAGCGCAUUUUCCAUAGCCUCCUAAAUGUUCCUUGAGUAGUAACAGUCUCUGCAUGCUUUGUAAAUGUCUGAGCUGAGGACACACAAAUUUUAAAUGUUCCAGGAUGGAUAAAAAUAAUAAAAUAAAAUUCUUUAACUCAAUCAAUGCUGUAAAUUCUAAGACGGGUGCAGGAUUUCUCUUGGAUAAUAUCUACUGCCCACUGCCCUUUCCUGGAGGCAAAACUAUCCAAACGUUAUGCUGUAAUAGUAUGAAUUUUUGAAUAUUCAGUGUUAAUGCUAGCGUCAGAUGCAUUUCAAAAGUAUUCCUAAUACAUGUCUGUUGAAAUUGUCUCAUUGCUUUGGAAGUAGGGAAGGUAGCCAGUUUUAUCCACACACCAAAAAAAAAAAACCAGCAGCCAACCACCCUCCCGCUGUUGUCCUCUGCCUUGUAGUGACAUCAGACAGAUUACAGCAUUGGAAUUUUCCCCCUCUUCUUGUUAUGGACUGAUUGCUAUUACUUUAGGUGUAAACUGGAUUGUGUAACUUCCUGUAUCUGUUAAUGUAUGGAUAGAUUUUAUACAUUUUUUUCCAUUUACAAAAAUCAACUUGAAAA